AAAAAGCCUGUUGUUUAUGUUUUGGUACGUCUUCCAAAUACACACCGUUUUGCAGAGACAGAGGCAGAGAGAGAGAGAGAGAGAGAGAGAGAAGAAGAAACGUAGCAGACGAUCAGUACCGGCACAGCGACCUUCCGUUCAACACCAGAUUCAGAUCGUGGGUUGUUGAACUGAUUCGGUACAGUUUGAAGAAGAAAAAGAAAAGGGGAUCUGGGUUUUUGUUUUUUGUUUUUUUUUUCCUUUUUUUUUGUGAUUGAUCUAUGGCAGCUAAUGUGCCUCCUCCAGGGGCACCAAGACCCAACAAUAAUAACUUCGUACCACCCCCGAAUUACAAUCCUAGUGUUCAGAGACCUCCAGAUUACCUAGCUGAUAAUUUGCAGAAUUUGAAUCUCAAUCGACCGCCUUCCAUGCCCAAUUCUGCACCUAGACCUUCACCUUAUGGCCAGCCACCACCUUUUUCUACAUCAGCUCCUUCCUCUGGGGUCCCUGGUGCAUCCCCACCUUUCUCCCGGCCUGGACCUCCUCCGGGUGCGCUUGUAAGACCUUCAAUGGCUCCUCCAUCAGGACCCUCACAACCCGUAAUACCCCCUCCUGGUGCCCCAGUAAGACCCUAUGGGCCACCUGUUGGCCAGCCUUCACCGUUUGUGUCAAGACCACCUCCUGGGUCUUUGCCCUCUUCGAUGGGUGGUUAUGUAACGCCUGGUUCCGGACCACCUUCUUCUGGUCCUUUCCAGUCAGCAGGUCUAGGAAGUGGACCUGUAGCACCACCAUCACUGCAGCCUGGUGCUCGGCCUAUUUCUCUUUCUUCACCACUGACAACCGGCCAGACUAUACCCUCUUCGAGUGGCCCUGGUGGAUUGAUGAGUAAUGGGCCACCUGCCUUUGCUCCAGGGGCCAUACCAGGUGCUUCCCGUUUCCCUUCAACUGGCAAUGUGCAACAACCAGCUCUUGGACCUCCACAAACAGCAAUGUCAGCUUUGGCUCCUCCUCGAGCUCCAACCAUGCGUAGUCAUCUAGGUGGUACAGUUGUUAGUGCUCCACCAGGUCCUCCCACACAACCUGCAUCACCGUUUUCAGCUCCACCUCAAGGCGUACCACCUCCAGGUUCUCCUUAUGGCUCAGCUCCAUGGCCAAUGCAGCCUGGGCAGAUGGCUCCACCUCCACCAAUUCCUGGUUCUGCACAACCACCAAGAAUGUUUGGAAUGCCACCACCUCCACCUAAUCAAUCCAUGACUACCAUAUCGCCUGCUAUUGGUCAAACAGGAGCACCUAUGGCUGGAUCAACAAAGAUUGAUCCUAAUCAAAUUCCACGGCCCAUGCCAGGAUCCUCAGUUGUUCUGCAUGACACUCGUCAGGGGAAUCAGGCGAAUCCUCCUCCGCCUGCUACAACUGAUUACAUUGUUAGAGACACAGGGAAUUGCAGUCCGCGUUACAUGAGGUGCACUAUCAAUCAGAUACCAUGCACUGGUGAUCUUUUGACAACAUCAGGGAUGCCAUUGGCUUUGUUGGUUCAACCUUUUGCACUUCCUCAUCCAUCUGAGGAACCAAUACACGUUGUGGAUUUUGGCGAAAGCGGUCCUGUUCGGUGUUCUCGUUGCAAAGGCUACAUAAAUCCUUUCAUGAAAUUCAUUGACCAGGGGAGGCGGUUCAUUUGUAACUUGUGUGGAUUUACCGACGACACUCCCCGUGACUACCACUGCAAUCUAGGUCCAGAUGGUAGGCGUAGAGAUGCUGAUGAACGGCCUGAGCUAUGUAGAGGGACAGUUGAAUUUGUUGCCACAAGAGAAUUCAUGGUGCGUGAUCCCAUGCCAGCUGUGUACUUUUUCCUGAUCGAUGUAUCAAUGAAUGCAAUACAAACUGGUGCAACUGCUGCAGCUUGCAGUGCAAUCAAUCAAGUUAUUGCUGAUCUCCCUGAAGGUCCUCAGACAAUUGUGGGAAUUGCAACAUUUGACUUGACAAUCCAUUUUUACAAUUUGAAACGUGCACUACAGCAGCCGCUGAUGCUUAUUGUUCCUGAUGUACAAGAUGUUUAUACACCUCUCCAGACAGAUGUUCUUGUUCCUCUUUCAGAGUGUCGCCAACAUUUGGAGCUAUUGCUGGAAAGCAUUCCAACAAUGUUUCAGAAUAGUAAAACUGCUGAAUCAGCCUUUGGUGCAGCAAUUAAGGCUGCUUUCUUGGCAAUGAAGAGCACUGGCGGGAAGCUUUUGGUAUUUCAGUCAGUCUUGCCGUCAAUUGGCAUUGGUGCUCUUUCUGCAAGAGAAGCUGAAGGGAGAGCUAAUAUAUCUUCAGGGGAUAAGGAGGCCCAUAAAUUACUCCAGCCUGUUGAUAAAACCUUAAAGACUAUGGCUAUUGAAUUUGCCGAAUAUCAGGUCUGUGUUGAUAUAUUUAUCACUACCCAGUCAUAUGUGGACAUUGCUUCCAUCUCUGUUGUCCCUAGAACAACUGGAGGGCAGGUUUAUUAUUAUUACCCUUUCUCAGCUCUUUCUGAUCCUGCAAAGCUCUACAAUGAUCUUAGAUGGAAUGUCACAAGGCCCCAAGGUUUUGAAGCAGUGAUGCGUGUGAGAUGCAGCCAGGGUAUUCAAGUUCAAGAGUACUGUGGAAACUUUUGCAAACGAGUUCCAACAGACGUUGAUCUUCCUGGGAUUGACUGUGACAAAACUAUAAUGGUAACAUUAAAACACGAUGAUAAAUUACAGGAUGGCUCAGAAUGUGCCUUUCAGUGUGCCGUUCUUUACACCACGGUUUUUGGCCAAAGGAGAAUUCGAGUUACAACUUUGUCUCUGCCAUGCACAAGUAUGCUAACUAAUCUAUUUCGCUCGGCUGACUUGGACACCCAAUUCACGUGUUUCUUGAAGCAAGCGGCAAUUGAAAUUCCUUCCAGCCCUCUCUUUCGAGUGAGGGAGCAAGUGACAAAUCUUUGCAUCAAUAGUCUGCUAUCAUACCGUAAAUUUUGUGCUACAGUAUCAUCAUCUGGACAGCUUAUCCUUCCGGAGGCACUUAAGCUUCUGCCUUUGUACACCCUAGCAUUAAUUAAAAGUACGGGUCUACGUACUGAUGGAAAAAUAGAUGAGCGCUCAUUCUGGAUCAAUUAUGUUUCGUCCCUUUCUACACCUCUGGCAGUUCCACUUGUGUAUCCCAGGAUGAUGGCUAUUCACGACCUUGAUUCAAAGGAGGAUGAUGAAUCUCUUAUUCCUCCAGUGAUUCCACUUUCUAGCGAACAUGUGAAUGAGAGGGGAAUUUAUCUUCUUGAGAAUGGUGAGGAUUGUUUAAUAUACAUUGGGAACUCGGUGGAUUCAGAUGUCUUGAGAAAACUGUUUGGCAUUGCCUCUGUUGAUGAAGUGCCUAGUCAGUUUGUGCUGCAGCAGUAUGACAAUCCACUAUCAAAGAAGCUAAAUGAUGUAGUUAAUGAAAUUAGGCGGCAAAGAUGUUCCUACCUCCGCUUAAAAUUGUGCAAGAAAGGAGAUCCCUCAGGAAUGUUAUUCUUCUCAUAUAUGGUAGAAGACCAGAAUCCAGGUGGACCCUCCUAUGUUGAGUUUUUAGUGCAUAUACAUCGGCAAAUCCAGGUGAAAAUGUCAUCGUGAGAGUUUAAAAAAAGCUUUGUUGAGUUUGGUUAGCAAGUUUUGAUCAACUUCCGGCUGGGGCACACACAUUGAAUUCAGAGGAUAGAGCAAUUAGAUACUUACUACGCAUUGCACUCCCUGAUCGCCCCGACUAAUUAUUUAUAUGCGAAGCAGAGCCGAGUUUUGCUUUAGGAGGCUUGUUACUGUUGUUGAUAAUUCAUAUGAUACUGCCUAAUAAAUUCAAAGUUUUUGCUUAUUAUUUUUAUACAAAAAUUCUUGUCCUUCA